CUGUGGAGCAAGCAUGUCCUGAUUUUCUUCGUCCAGAAAAUUGGCCAGCUCGCGAGGGCAUGGGGAACGCAUUCAAUCAUCUCAUCACUCAGUACAUAACAAACGUGAAAAAUAACAUCAAAGUAUGGGCAUUCAGUCGCAUCAAGAAAUUUUUCACACUAAAGCGCUACGAACUGAAUUUGAAUCGACAAGGAAAUCUCAUCACUGAAUUGGAUGUAAAACGUGCGACGAAGAUCGUAAUGUUCCAAAGUAGAGUCGAGAGAAACGCGAACAUCGAUCUUCUAUUAAACGAAGCAGCAGGCAUUGGAUUGCCAAUCAAUGUACACUUUCAGAAUCUCAUUCGUGAUCGCUGGUUCCAAACCAUUCCAAUAUUUAUAAACAUUCAGCGACAAAUUUUCGAUUUUCACGCGAAAUAUGAAAUGUUGAAACAACGCUGGUUCCAAUAUCGACGCGAUCCGAACAACAAUGUCAUGCCGACCACUCCACUCCCGCCAAAAAUAAAGAAUUUUUUAGUAGUUCCAGUCCACGAUUUCGAUAUGAAACAUAUCCGCAUCGAUAUCCAUCUUUUUUAUUCGAUUGCGCGCAAAUUUGGAGCAUUGAAAUUGGCAAAAGGAAAACGCGGUCAGCCAAUAAACAUUGAAAAAACUGAAUACGAUAGCAAUCCAGCUUUCUAUUGGAAUUUAAUAUUUGACAUGCCAAAAAUUUCGAAACUUGGAAAUGGUAAGGAAUUCGAUUUUGCUGUGGCAACCGAUAGUGUGGCAGUUUCGUUAUGUUUCGUGAAGCCUGAACGCAAUACACCAGAACUUGAUAACAACACCAUCAAAGAGAAGUACAAUAAUUUUGAGUUUGAUUAUGUGCUUGGAAUCGAUCCAGGAGUUCGUACAUGGAACGCCACCGUUCGCAAACACGUUCGAUCCGGCAACGAGGAAAACAUCACAAUUGAUGGUCCAAAAUACCAUUUCAAAGCGAAAUAUGGCAAACGCAAGCGUAAAUCCGAUCAAUGGACUGAAUUGUUGCAAAAACAACGGGAGCUCGACUAUAAACGCUAUGCAUUUUUUCCAUCGCCGAAAGGACGUUCACAUUGGAUGUGUUACAUCGCUUAUUAUGUGAAAAUGAUGAAACCAGCUAUGGCGGUGUACACAACAAGAAAGUUUAUUCGACUCCGUCUUGAUAAAUACAUCGAAGAGAAUCGGGCCAGUGACAAAAUCGCGGCAUCACUGACGAAAAAAAAGUCGGCGCUCGUUUUUAUUGGUGCAGCUCAAAUAGCUCCAAACUCACCAAUUGGUAUUAAAAAGCGAUUGCGAUGCCCGGGAUUACGACGACUAUUGAACAGUUUCAAGAAGUUGGGAAAUUGUAUUGUACGAUUGGUCGACGAAUACAAUACAUCGCAAACUUGUGCAAAAUGUUUCCGGCCAUUCGAUCGACGAACCAAAAGCGAUCGAUACAAAGUUUGUCAGCAUUGUAUUCCAAGUGAAGAUGAGUCAUCGCAAUGGAAUUUACCGAACGUGAUUAUCACCAUGAAAAGCAACCGAGUGUACCAACAAUUGCGUAAAUAUGCAGUUGAUUUUGUUAAUCGAUUGAAUGCAGCCAACCCAGAUCAUAUUCCAAUGGAUUCAGAUGGUUUAGUGUCAAAACUUCAAGUAUGUUUCAAAAACUGGCAACUAAACACUGGCAUUUGGAAAGAUGAUCGAGCUCCAUUUCAAUUGAAAACUGUUUGGCACCGGGAUAUCGUUGCAGCCAAGAACAUCAUGUACAAAGGUGAAAAAAUAUCACUGAAAUUAAAAAUGUUUAAGAAUGUUUUGGCUAACAAUUUGUUGUUUACGAUUUUGUUUUUAGGUCUUUGUACGGUGUUGGGAUUGGACAUUCAUCCGCAACUAUUGAGACCACAGAAUCAAAAUGCUGCCGUACAAAAUCAAGCAGCUGACGAUGAGGAUUCCAGUGACGAUGAGGACUACGUUUAUGUUCUCGAUGUUUCCGAUGACGACCAGUUUUAAUUACAUGUAGCAUUAAGAUUUCUUUUUAAAUAAUAUUAUUGUAACGUUUUGUUACUAUGCUGGGCUUGAGUUUUGUGGCCU